CUGGAUGUUCCGGGUAAGGUGUGGCUGCAGUUCCUAAACCGAGGUGCAGGGAGCUGAAAGCGCAGGUUGGACUGUGUGAGGCCUGAAGCUGCAGUGGGAUGCUACUGACUCCAGCUUCCUGCAGGUCGGACCCAUUGUCUACAGAGGACGUGACAUCACUCCCACCGGGCACAGAGCGUAAGAGCUGAGAGCAGACAGAAACCCCGAAAGUCUCCUUGGAGUUUGGACCCUGCAGAGACUCCACGCUUCAGCGGCUCUCGGCCUGUCGUGCGCUAGAGAGAGAGGAGUUUGUGAUAGUCGUCGAGCAGGAUGUCGGGGCCGCCUCAGCCGAGAGAUGGACAGGAAGCUGCUGUUUACUUCUCCAAUCCUCUAAUGAGUGACACUGAGGCCGACUGGUCACCGAUACACGACGCUGCUUUCAACGGGAGACUUCUGGCUUUGCGCAAGCUGAUCAACCAGGGUGUGACAGUGAAUCUGACCACUCUGGACGGAGUGACCCCUCUCCAUGCAGCCUGCCAGCAGGGACAUACCACAUGUGCCCAGCUGCUGAUUGAACACGGAGCCAACGUGAACGCCACCACAGUGAGCCACAGCACUCCUCUCUCCGUGGCUUCAAACAGAGGCCAUGAGACCUGUGUGAGCCUGUUACUCCAGAAUGGAGCUCCACCUCAGGGAUGAUUAAACUCCCCAGAGCAACGUUAAGCCCAAACAGCUCAGUUUGUCUGGGACACGUGACGGGUUUCUGCAGCUAAGGGGAGAGAAAUGGAGCUGCGGUCUAAUCACGCACAGGCUGCUCACUGUUUAAUAUUCAUUACUUCAUCCCGCGUGCUAUAAGCUGAAGUCACUGGUUUCCAGGAGCUUCUUUCCGAUUUCCUCUAAACUUCACUUCAUUGUGUUUCGCGUGUAGUUUAGGUGUUUUAUCUGCUAACACAGGAGUGGGAAUUUGUGUUAUUCACUCAUUAAAAGGGGACAUGCUUGAUUAUGUAAAGCCCAUUUUCCGUUUUUCUGAUGUCUAAAUUAAUGAUAUUAAAGUCAAAGUCAAAGUGAA